AAUUAUGACCUGGUGGAGGAGUGCGGCCGGGGUGUCAGUGCCACGGUGUACCGUGCCAUCUGCAAGACCUACAACGAGGAGGUUGCAGUGAAGCUGCUGGACCUGGAAAACAUGAAUUGCAGCCUGGAUGAAAUUGUGCGCGAGGCGCAGACUAUGCGCCAGCUCAACCAUCCCAACCUCCUGCCGCUCUACUGCUCCUUUGUGCACAAGGAGCACCUGUGGAUGGUCAUGCCCUACGUGCAGGGCGGCUCGGUGCUCAACAUCAUGCGCUUCGCAUACCCAGAUGGCCUGGAGGAGCCUGUGAUUGCGACCAUCAUGAAGGAUGUGCUCAAGGCGCUCGAGUACCUGCACCGCCAGGGCAUCAUCCACAGAGACAUCAAGGCGGGCAACAUCCUGUUGGACAAUGGCGGCCAGGUGCUGCUGGCGGACUUUGGGGUGGCUGCCACGCUGGAGCGCGGCGGCUCCUGGGGCAACCGCAUGAUGAGCCGCAACACGUUUGUGGGCACGCCCUGCUGGAUGGCGCCGGAGGUCAUGGAGCAGAGCCAGGGAUACGACGCCCGCGCCGACAUCUGGUCGUUUGGCAUCACGCUGCUGGAGCUGGCGCACGGCCACGCGCCGUUUGCGCGCCUGCCGCCCAUGAAGGUGCUGCUGAUGACCAUCCAGAACCCGCCGCCCACGCUGGACACGGAGACCAGCAAGAAGCACUUCAGCAAGGCGAUGCGGGAGCUGGUGGCCAAGUGCCUGGUCAAGGACCCCACCAAGCGCCCCACCGCGGCGCAGCUCCUAGACAACAAGUUCUUCAAGACAGCUCACGACAACCAGUACUUGCAGAAGCACCUGCUGGUGGGCCUGCCACCCGCCCCGGAGCGCGUGCAGCUGAUGCGGCAAGGCCACGCCGCGCGCCAGGAGGUGCAGGACAAGGACAUCCUGGCCAGCCAGCAGGAGUAUCGCAAGGGCGUCUCCUCCUGGAACUUUGAUGUGGCGGCGCUCAAGGCGGCGGCGGCGGCGGCGCGGGAGGACGAGGAGGACCGCCUGCCGCCCAUCUCAGAGCACUCGGGUGCGCCGCCCGGGUGGUUGGCUGGGCAGCUGGGUGGGUGGUGUGCUGGGUGGCUUGGGCAUGGGAGAGGGACGGGGUAG